GAGAAGGAGGAGGGGGGCGGGGGUGGUGGUUUAAUAUAGAAAGCAGAAUCCGGAGAUCCCCUUUAACGUGUGUUUGUUUGCAGUGAUUGAGCGGCUUCGCCAUGCAAUCGACAGCAAGAAGAAGCAGCCAGCUGUUUCUGCCAGGGGCUGCUUCUGGCACCUGGGUUGUGAGCGCUUUCAUCCUGGGCUUGCUUCUCGUCGGUGCUGUGGUGUCAGGGCUCCCAGCCUGUGAAAAGAAUGAUUACCACUUUGAGUACACGGAAUGUGAUAGCACUGGUUCCCGGUGGAGAGUUGCUAUUCCUAAAUCUCCUGGAAAAUGCACAGGAUUGCCUGAACCAAUCAAAGGCAGAGAAUGCUCCUUUUCUUGCGGAUCGGGGGAGUUUCUGGAGCUGUUAAACCAGGCCUGCAGUAAAUGUGCAGCAGGCAGUUACUCGUUGGGCAGUGGCAUUAGAUUUGAUGAAUGGGAUACUUUGCCACUUGGAUUUGCUACUGUGGCUACCUUUGUAGACGAUAUAGAAAGUAGCAGUGCCAGCAGUAACAACUGUAACUCGUCAUCUUGGAUUCCACAAGGGAGUUAUAUUGCUUCUAACAGAGACGACUGCACAGUUUCCCUCAUUUAUUCAGUUCACUUGAAGAAACCAGGAAGCGUUACGUUUGAUUAUCAGUAUCUGGAUAACAGUAUCUUUUUUGAGUUUUUUGUGCAAAAUGAUCAGUGUCAAGACACAGAAGCAACAGAUCAAAAAUGGAUGCGUUUAACCGAAAGUGAUGAAUGGAAGAGUCAUUCAGUAAAUUUGAAGACUGGUACAAAUGUCCUAUAUUGGAGAACCACAGGGAUCCUUCUGGGUGAUAAAAUGGCCAAACCAGUUCUCUUGAAAAACAUCCACAUUGAAGGUGUAGCUUAUACAUCGGAAUGUUUCCUGUGUAAACCUGGCACGUUUAGUGAUACUGCUGGAUCAUCAGUCUGCAAACCUUGCCCGAGAAACACGUUUUCUGGAAGGGGAGCUAGUUCCUGUCAGAAAUGUGAUGAAAUAAAGCAGUUUUCAGAUGAAGGAUCCAGCGAAUGUAAAAAUCGGCCACCAUGUGCAGAGAAGGACUAUUUUCAAAUACAUACACAAUGUGACAAGGAGAGAAGGACUCAAGUCAUGUACAAAUGGAUAACACCAAAGCUUUGCAGAGAGGAUAUGAAAAAUGCAAUUAAACUCCCUCCAUCAGGAGAGAGGAAACCUUGUCCACCCUGCAACCCUGGUUUCUACAACAAUGACACUUCAACCUGUGCUCCCUGCCCGUCUGGUACCUAUUCAGAUGGAACAAGUUCAUGUAAACAGUGCCCAGCUGGAACCGAGCCUAUGUUGGGCUUCGAAUAUAAAUGGUGGAACACUUUACCGGCUAAUAUGAAGACCUCAUGUUUCAAUGUUGGAAAUUCUAAGUGUGAUGGAAUGAAUGGGUGGGAAGUGGCAGGCGACCAUGUUCACAGCGCAGUUGGAGGUUCCGAUAAUGACUAUCUCAUAUUAAAUCUGCACAUUCCCAGUUUUAGCCCACCAAUUUCAUCAGCGCGAUCCACUGGUGUGGAAGUAGGGAGGAUCAGCUUUAUUUUUGAGACUCAGUGUAUUGGAAGCUGUGAGUUAUACUUCAUGGUGGAUAUAAACAGAAAGUCCACCAGUGUUGUGGAGUCUUGGGAAGGUACCAAAGAGCGACAGUCUUACACUCACAUCAUAACAAAGAAUGCAGCUGUUACCUACACCUGGGCUUUCCAAAGAUCAAGCUCUCCACAAGAGGUCAGAAAGUAUAUGAACGAUAAUGUAAAGAUUUACUCCAUCACUGUAACCAAUGCGGAAAGUGGCGUGGCUUCACAUUGUCGUCCUUGUGCACUGGCCACUGACGAGAGAAGUUCAUCCUGUGUGCCUUGUCCACCUGGGCACUACAUUGAUAAAAACACAAAUCAGUGCAAGGACUGUCCGCCUGACACCUACCUCUCGGCUCACCAGGCUUACGGUGUGGAGGCUUGUAUCCCCUGUGGACCCGGCAGCAAGAGUAACAAGGAUCACUCGAUUUGCUUCAGUGAUUGUUCUUUUACACAUUUCAUGGAGAAUCGUACUUUAGCAUUUGAAUUCAGCAGUCUUGCUGGUGUGGCUUCCUUAAUGAAUGGACCUAGCUUCACUUCAAGAGGGACAAAGUAUUUUCAUUUUUUUAAUAUUAGCUUGUGUGGGAAUGAGGGAAAGAAAACGGCCAUUUGCUCAGAUAAUGUAACUGAUGUGACGGUACAGGAUGUGCAGGGAGAGUCAAGUGAAUUCAGCAAUUCUAUUGCUUCUUUUCUCUGUCAAUCAACUAUCAUUCCUUCAGAUGGGAGGAGCUUCCGAACUGCACUGUCUUCUCAGUCUAUCAGCCUGGCUGAUACCUUUUUAGGAGCUACUGUUGAAACAUCAGUGCAGAAUAUUACUGCGAGACCGGACAAAUUUCCUGCUUCUACAAACCACAUUCCUAACAUACAUUUCUUCUACAAGUCAUCAUUGUCAACAGCAUCAUGUGAAAAUGGGCGUGGAACAGUUAUAACAAUGAGAUGUAAUCCAGGAAAGGUUGGCCAUGGGGAAAUUUCUGUACCAAGUGACUGUCCUGGUGGAACUUGUGAUGGAUGCACGUUCCUCUUUCUCUGGGAAAGUAUGGAGGCCUGCCCACUGUGCACUGCAGAUGAUUACCAUGAAAUUGAAGGAGCUUGCAAAAGUGGACUUCAGGAAACCGCUUACGUGUGGAAGGAGCCGAAAGUGUGCAUUAAAGGUGUAAAUCUUCCUGCAAAAAGUAUCAGCAAUUGUGAGAUGAUAGACUUCUGGCUGAAAGUUGUUGUAGGAAUUGGAGCAUUUACUGCAGUCCUUUUGGUAAUCUUAACCUGCUAUUUCUGGAAAAAGAACAAGAAGUUGGAAUACAAAUAUUCUAAGUUGGUGAUGAAUGCUAACUCAAGGGAAGUAGAACUACCUGCAGCUGAUAGCUGUGCUAUAAUGGAAGGAGAAGAUAAUGAAGAUGAUGUAGUUUAUUCCAAUAAACCUUCUUUACUGGGGAAGCUGAAAUCGUUAACUUCAAAGGACAAAGAAGAUAUUUUUGAAUCUGUGCAACUCAAGUCACCAAGAGCUCGCAAUAUAUGAAGAUGGAAAGUUGGUUUUGGAAAUGUUGGCAGUAAUUCCCACUAUAAAAUGUGGAAGCACUUGCCAGCACAAUCGAUGUGGAUGAGAAAACUUCUUAAAUACUGCUGUACCUGAAAUACUAUUCAAAGAAACAUUUGCAAACAGAUACUGUUUGAUUGCCUUAUUGUGCUAGUUGGGAGGAGUAUCAGACAAGUGUUGCCAAAUGUGAUGAACACUGCUGGUUGCCAAACUGACAACAUAAAUCUCAGGAAGAGCUUACCUUCAUUCUUCUUAAUUAACCAAUACGAUUGGACAUUUUAAUGCAUAUUUUUCUUAGCAAUUUGUGUGAUUUGCAAGGUUAUUUUGCUUUAUUCCCCAUCUUGAUCACUGUAGUUAAUUGCAGUACUCUUUCCUAGUUUUUAGAUUUGGUUAUAUUGAGCUAUAACUGUAAGCUCCAUAAUUUUAAAUGAUAAAAUGUAUAUUAUAUUUAUGGUGUGCAAAGUAGCAAACAAACCAAUAUCUCAAUGACGAAAAUAAUCUUGUAAUGUUUACAAGACAGUGAACAUCUCAUGAUGUUUUGUUUUAAGAAACCCUCUAACACAACCUCCUCCUGUCAUGUGAGCAAAAUAAACUCUUUAGACUAGAAAGGUAAAAUUUCCUGAGUGUGCGCUGAAAGUUAUUCAGCCUGUUUGUCAUUUAAAAAUAUGGACAUUUGUUACAAAUACCUAACAGACUGAUUGUAGUGUUUGCGUUUGGCUGUAAUGUCUCAUAGUAAAGUACUUUUUCUUAAGUUGCAAUAAUUUUGAUCUACAAUUUCUCAUUUUGCCUUUCAUGUGGAUGAUCCCAACUGGAGCCAAUUAAUUUUGUUCCCUAAAUGUCAUUUGCAAGCCAUCACUUUGAUCAUCAUCACUUAAGAAAUUUUACUUGUUAUUUCAGUAAUGUUUACUUGUGCUGCCGCAUAUCACCAUGCCCAAAUAUAUCAAGUUAAUUAUUUCCAGUUAUUGAAAGUGAAAUAAUAUUAAUGAAUGGUUAUUGGAUGAGUGAUGCUGUAGGAAUAACCUGAUUAAAUGUACUAGUAGAACGCUUGAUUGCUUUUUUGGUAACUGCAUAAAGAAACACAGAGGUUCAAAGCAUUUUGAGAAAAGUUUCGUGAAUAAGAGCCCUAUUUUUAUGCUUUGUAUGUUGUGACAAUGAUCAGCGUCAGAAAUCCCUAAGUGCUGGAGCAGGAUAUUACCAAGCUGGAAUGAGCUGCUGUGUUAGGCAUUGUCUGUGUUACAUAAAAGAUGAAAAAAACACAACCACAUUUUUGUACCCUUGUGAAAUUCAUUGAGUGAAGGGGUGCAUUGAGUAAAUCUGGUUCAGUACAGACUGUUCAAGAAAUGUGCCAGGCAUUAAAUACAGAAAUUAAAUUUUAAGGAAAAUUUAACACACAGCUUCGCUGCAACAGGAACUGAUUAAUAAAUGAAAUUGGUUGGGAAAGAUCUCCCUCCACAGGUUAUUACUGCCAGCAACCACCAGGAGGCAACAAGACUCAUUAAAACCAUUUUCAAAUGUUGGGGAAUGAAUGUAUUAAACCAUCAAUUUGUGUUCAUCGAAGUACUAAUGCUUCAUUCCCUGCUUUUUCUCCAGAAAUGGUGAUGGUAUAUUAUAAUUAGCAGCCAGAUUUAUAGUUGAAGAAAUUUGUCACCCAAAUCAAAGUUUUGCUUGCUUAUGAAUGAGGCAGCAUUGUCACAAACUAUACUUCAGGUGACUGAAGGUAACAACAGAUACAAUCUUUAUUUAAAAAAAGAAGCAAAAUAAAACUAGCCAGACCAAAAUGUCCCUUCCAAGACAGUGCUUUAUUUUGUACGUUCAGAAAGGAAGACCUUGAUGAGCAUUUUGACCCUUCGUUAUGAAAACUGUAAUUUCUGUUUAUGAUAUAAAUGAAUUAGUGAUUUGAUAUUUUGAAACUGUGAAAUAGGGGUGCACUAUUUGAUGUAAAUAUGAAGGUGAAAUGUUCCUUUGAAUUUUGCCUAUAUGACAGUUAAAGACGGGUUAUUGAGAAAACAGUGCUGCAAGAUUUUCAUUAGUUUAAGUUCUAGUUUAUUUAGGUAUUACAUUGAACUAUACCAGCUUACAAAUUAUAUCCAUAUAAGUUUUAAGAAGGGGAAUGGUGUUUUGUUUAUCAUAGUUUUUUUGUUAUUCAAUAAUCAGCUAAUUUAGCUGUAAGUGAGACUGGAAGAUUGAAUAUGUUCAUAAAAACGUAGGUAAUUUGAAGCAAAUCAGAUUACUUCUCAAUGCACUUAGUAAACUGGAAAUGAAGAAUGAUGUAUGAUGUUUUGAUUAAGGCCCCAUAUUGCUUCUGUAUUAUACAUAUCACUUCUGUAUUACACCCAUCUGACUUUUAGCAGAGUUAUUUUGUUAGAUAUUAAUCACAAAUGGCACCUUUAUUCCCCACACAUCCGUAAUUUAACACAGGAGGGCAGAGUUUCAAUUUUGGAGGCAGUUGGUGAUUUCAGUGUAUAUUGUGCCCCAAAUUGCACCCAUUUUGAAAACUGUCCCCUCUCCCACCACCCCCACCCCUCCAACGCCCCACCACCCCCACCCCUCCAACGCCCCACCACCCCCACCCCUCCAACGCCCCACCACCCCCACCCUUCCAACGCCCCACCACCCUGAGUUUUUGCUCAAACCUAUUUGCAUAUUGACACAAGUAAAAUCUGUCCUGAACCAGCACAGUUGGGCAGCAUUUAAGAACACGGCUUAUAAAAAAAAUUGCUUUUAAUCAAUAUUCCUUAAUAUGUUUGGUAAUGCUACAAAGUUUGAUUAAUAUACCUGAUAAUGGAUUUAGCACAAAAAUAGCAUUUUAAAUCAUAGUCAAUCCACUGCCUGUGAAGGUAAAUUACUGACAAUGAUUUGUAAAAACUAUACAAAACUAUUUUCUAGUUAGAUUGGGGUACAGUAAUCAGAUAUUUAGUAAUUCUUUAAAAAAAAACUCAAACCCUUUCAUAACAUAUCUGUUAGUGUCCUUGUGCCCAAAGGUUCCUGUUCAUUUUUAAAGCUUCUUCGAAGAGCAAGAAUUGAGCACAGCCAAUGGAAACUCUUCAUGGUGAUGAGCUCAGCCUGUGGGCACGGCCAGUUCUCUGCUUCUAGUAUGAUGCUUUUAAAAUCAGCACAUCAUGGAAGGUUGAGUUAUGUUUAAAAUUCUGGAACCUUUUUUUGCUGAUUGUGCUGAUAUUGGGGAAAAUAGCAUCAAAAAAAGACAGUGCAGUUAAGUAGAGACUCCAGGUCAACAUCAGUACAUCAAACUCUUGUCAGCUUGAUUUUGGAAAUCGUGUGCUUGCUUAGAAUGAACCAUUGUUUCCUUCUGAAUAUUACUUGCACUGUCGGAUACAAGUUGCUUUAAGUCUGCUGCCGAUUUUUUUCCCCCAAAUGCAGUGAAACAUCCAUAUUUAGAGAAAAGCAUUUCUAUGACGUACAAAUGGAUGGCGCUCUGUUUAAAGAUGAAGGUUGCACCAUUUAAAAUUCUUUCCAUGUGUUGUACAUUCUAGUUUCUCAGAAUUUGUGCAUUGUAUAUAUAUUUUGGAUCCGUGCAUUAUAUGUUAUUUUUCUGCUAAAUUGUACAAUCAUUGUUAACCAAAGUAGUUAUGGUCUUUGGUGUCAUCUUUCUUAAAUAAAUGUGAAGAGUUUUGGGAA